AAGCUCACGCGCCCUUUUUCUUUUCAAAUGGGUCCCCCCAUUCUCGCCAUUCGAGCAGCUCCAGUACAACUGCCCAGUACUGCUCGAUAAUCUCCGCUCCAUUUUAGACGGAACCAGAACUCCAGGACGUCCGAGCGGCGACCACAAAGGCACCCCUUAAAUAGUCUCCACUCGACUGUUUGUCAGUUUGCUAUUGUGCUACUCCGUUGACACGCAAAUGAGCACCACAUUUGGCUUCGGAGAGUACGAGGCGUUGCUGCUCUGCGAUCGUGUCAACUCGGCGCUGACGUUUUGCAGAGAACUCUUCAGUCGAGAGUACGUGGUGCAACGCGUGACAAGGCAAGAACUUGCUAUUGCAGUCAAAGAGAACGAGAGCCAAUGGCGCGGAGUAGCGAGGAUUCAUGCAGGACACGUCGUCGUCAGUGUCGACGACGUUCCCGUGCGUGGCUUAUCGUCCCGUCAAUUCUCUGAGCUCUGGUAUCCGCCAGCUCCUGAGGCUUCAAACACGAUAAAAUAUAGGCGAGUUCGUCUUCGUGACCGUAAACGUGCUGAACUUGAAGUGGAGAUGCAAAAGCAGUGGACAAGUUCAGGGCCAAUGCGGUUCACUCCAGUUCAAGAUGAUAGUGAACUUCGAGCUAAGAUGACUGAAGUCCAUGAGUUGAUCUGGUCUCAUCAGUUGACAGAGGCCCAUGCGGUGCUGCGCUCCCUACCUGCUGGAAGUGACCCAAUGGUGUGUCUAUUGGCCGCUGAGCUUGAGGUGGUGCGAGUGCUGGUGUCCAAGGAUGUUUUGUACUUAAAGCAGGCCCAACGCGCAGCGAACCAGGCGGUGGCUUGGCUCGAGAGUAUGCACGAUUUGACUUCUCAAUCAUAUUCGAGUCGCAAGCAGACGCAGCUCGCACUAGGUGAAGCCCUCUUCUUGUCGGCUCUGUUACGUCUGGGAGGUGACCAACGUCUAGCUGCAAUUGCUACUGCGAGACGCUGCGCAGCGAUUUACGUCGAAUUGAAGGAGAAGUUCUUGAUUUCUACAACCAAGAGAGAAAAGCUGCUGAUACCUGACAGAGAAUUGCAAAUGUUUCAGAAGAGGAUUCGAUUUGGAUUGGGCGUACUUCACGUCGGUGGAGCACUCGCUUUGAAGAAGACCUCGCUGGAAUGGAUCGGUGUGUUGCUUAAAGGCGCGUGUGAUAUAAAGAAAGGUCUUGAACACUUACUGGACUGCGGCACAAUCGAUGAAGGUGGUCAGGGUCACCUUCAAGCUAACUGGGCUGCGUUGACGCUCAUGCACUUCUCGACUGCAAUUCGCCUUAUCCAGCAGCGCAAUGGACAGGGUGUUGACCUGCUCAAUACAUCAAUCAGUGUGUGUAAACAAGUUGCACUUCAGCGCCACCCGAAGGCACUGGUUUUUCUUUGGAGCCAAACAACCACCACAAAUUUCGAUGUGGACCGCUUUAAACGCCUUGAGAUCGAAUUAACUCGAGCAGUAAAAGACGAGGAACGGGCUCAUCUCGUUGCUUUCGAUGUUGGAUAUCGACACUUUCUAGCCCGCGAUUUCGACCGAGCAUCGAUGCAGUUUAUGCCUAUCUGCAAGUGUUCCAGUGCACCGUCAAAGCUGCGUGGACUCAGUAGCCUCUUCCUUGGAGUUGGAUAUCUUCUGACGUCUCAUGACACUAGUGAACUAGUCCUACUAGAUACCAAGUUGUUGACCUCGGUACGACUACUUCUACGGUCAGCUCGGCGGUUCUUGGCGCUUCGAUUAGAGGACAAGGCAGAAGACUUUGAGUCUGCGUCGUUGCAUGAGCGGCUUGGAGAUUAUCUGGAGAGAAGUGACGAAUAUCUGCUGCUCCUUCCUUGGGAGAUUCUGUACGUGUACUAUCACUCCACCAAGACGAUCGUGACGUCUUUGAAAUCUGACGUGGUUCAGCAUCAACACCAUGUUGCUGCUAUGGAGCAUCUCAAUCAUCUCUUGAACUCUGCAACAACCAAGCAGAAUUAUGACACAGAGCUAACUCUCCUCCGAGCCAUCGUUCUCUUCAAUCUAAAAGAGUUCGAUACCAGCGACAAUGAGCUUCAAAAACUCUGGUCCGAUAAAUUCUCUCUUGGAAGUCCAAGAAGCUCUGCGUUUGGUCGUCUGCUAAACCAGCGGUCUUCUCGUGCACCAGCAUUUAUUGCCCCAGUGGCUUGGUUUUAUCAACUACGACUGAUUGUCGAACGCAGAUACUCCCAAUCAACACUCACAUCCCCGGUAUCAUCGCCAAAGUGCGGCAAAAACGAGAGUGCUGCCACCUUUGCAGGUGUUGUUCAGCAAUCACCUUAUCCAUACCAUUACGUCUACAGCGGGAAACUACAAGCACUGAACAAACUAGUUACUCGACUUGCGAAUGACAAGAUCAACGACAAUUGCAGUAGUCCAAUGGGACAUAACAGCAUGAAGUGGUGACGUAGCAAAACAUGUUUAUUUAAGCUGUAGAAUACAUGCACAAAACUAGUCCACGCAUACAAGUAGUGGAUGCGUAAAUGCUUACAGCAAGUUUGUCUUGGGUCUG